AUGCUUCAGUGGGGUCAAGUCCGCGAUGUGCUGGAUUUCCUGCCUGUCCGUCAGCUUCUCCUCCUCGUCAUUGUCGGGGUCAUCGCCCAGGCCAUCUAUGAUUUGAAAUUUCACCCGCUUGCCAAGUUCCCGGGCCCAAAGAUCGCUGCUGUAUCUAAUGUCUGGUGGGCAUUUCAUAGUAUUAGUGGCCGGUACCCAUGGGUGAUCGAGGAUAAUCUUAAGCGAUACGGCAAGUAUUUUGCCUUGUCCAUCUUCUACAUCAAACAAUAUGACCCUAAUUAUAUCUCAGGCGACGUCAUUCGGAUUGCGCCCAAUGAACUCGUCUUCAUCACGCCGCAGGCAGCCAAAGACAUUUAUUUGGCCCAACAAAACCACCUUGAGUCGUUUGUCCAGGUCGGCUAUGAUGCUCUCGAUACAGGGGAUAACGGCAUUACAGGCGAACCAAAUCCUGCCAGACAUCGCGAGAUUGCCAAAAGGCUGGCCCCAGCUUUCAGCAAUAGGAAUCUAAUCGCCAAGGAACCCACGAUUCAGAAGCACAUGGACCAGUUCAUCCAAAAGAUGGAGCAGUUACAGGGGAGUAACAUUGAAUUCCGACAAUGGUCUGACUGGCUGGCACUUGAUCUUUCUGCGGACAUGACGUAUAGUCAGGACGAGGGUCAUGUGCGAGACAUGAAGGACUCAGACUUCCUCAAGUUUACACUGAGGCUCAACCGCUUCCUUACUCUGAGUCAGAUAUCGAGAAAGUUUAACUUGGCCGUGCGUGUGAUCCUCACCCCCUUCGUCUAUCUCGCCAUUCCUCCCUCCACGUGGCCUUCUAUCCCGACUUUGCUGAAGAAGGCUGCCAAAGAUUUCCAGCAGAGGAUUGACCGCCGAGGGAAUACGGAGCAAUUGGACUACGUGGAGCAAAUGCUCCCCAUUGAUCACCCUGUACCGGGGAAGAAGGAACUAUUCCACGUUCAAAACGUAGCAGGGCAGCUUCUUCUGGCGAGUUGGCAACCAUUGGCCAAUCAGUUCUACAUCAUUCUUCUAUUUCUGCUAAAGGACCCCGAUGUGUACGCAAACGCGGUCUCAGAAGUGAGGAUAGCCUAUGAUGACAGUGGGGAAAUCACUCUUGGAAGCGUCGCAGGUGAGAACCUGAAAUACUUGCAAGCGUGUGUCUCUGAAGGUCUUCGUUUACAUGCCGAGACCACCGAUGGCUUACCACGAAUCAGUCCUGGUGCCAUCGUUGAUGGACAUUACAUCCCCCAAGGGGUCAUCUGCCAAGUGAGCUACUUUGCCGCGACGAGGAGCCCCCGGUUCUUCCACGAGCCGCUCCAAUUUCGCCCAGAACGUUGGUUGCCACAUGAUGAUCCGAGAUUUGACCUAGCCUUUGCAAAGGACGACUUGAAAGCUUCGAAACCUUUCAGUCAAGGCUUACGAGGCUGCCCCGGUGGCCCAAUAGCUACGGCGAUUAUCCGUCUGUUCCUGGCAAGGGUCUUGUGGCAAUUUGAUAUCGAGACCACUCACCAGGACAUUUCUUUUGACAAAGAUUUCAAAUUCAUGACUUUCUGGGAACGCCCAGACUUCUUGAUACGUAUGAAACUCGUGACGCGGCAGAAGGAGUAA